AUGGAGUCUGAUCCUUACGCCCGAGUUCUGGCGGGCAGCCUCGCAUCGAUGAACAUGUCGAAAGCCGAACCGAAAGCCGUGUCGGAAGACAUAAACACGUACGAGAGACAAGAAGUCCCUUGCGUCCUGACCGUCAACGGGACGAAAGGCGGCUAUAGAGACGAUAUUGCGGCAAACUUGGCCCCGCACGCCGACUUUGCGACGACCUUCACUUACAUCGACGGGCCCCUCAUCUCUCCUGAGGUCCGAAUCGACCUCCAGGGCAUCGAGAAGCGUGGCAACAGUGUCAUCACCUACAUCAUUGCCCGCGUCGUUAUCCCAAUCAACGCCCUAAGUGGAAUCCCCGUCAUUUAUCAUGUCCAAGACAGCUACCAAAUGAUCUCCAUGACCGUUCGUCUCGAGCGUAUCAUCCUCGCCAAGUCCAAGAAGCCGAUUGAUACCGACCUCUUCCAGAGAGCGAGCGCCUGGACGCAGCUCUUUAUCGGAACGGGCGAAGCGGCUCUCAGCAUCUUCUUCAACGAAGCCAUCACUAUCGACAACUUCGUUAAUCUGAUCACUCGGACAUACUCAACGGACGAGAGCAGAGUCAUCGACGCCGGCCUCGACUGCGUCUUCAAGAAACAUCCCGCCGUAUACAAGGAGCUGGACUGGUUCACAAUCAACUCCAAGCUGCCCUUCCCGCCAGACAACCCCAUCCCUGAGACCAUGGCCUUCCACGACGAAAGAACACGCAUCAUCCGUCUUCAGGCCUCGUCACGCGAAGAGUAUGACCUGGAUGCCACCAAGACGAGCCUCCUCUCGCAGUCUGUUCAUCCGUGCUUCGUCCUUCCCGAUCUCUCGUCUGCCUAG